CUUGCAAUCACGCCUGAGAACAAUUCGCGAGAACCAAAGUGACGGAGCGGGAAGGAGAAGAACAACGCGACAAUGGAGUGGCCUGCAAUGGAAAUAAAUCCCGAGAUGCUAAAUAAGGUGAGUACGGGGCGUUAGCUCGCAGCGACCGAAUGAUGUCCAAGUUGGGCGUGGGUGGAGAGUGGAGCUUUGUGGAUGUGCUGGGUAUGGGCGAAGAGGAUGUAUCCGCGGUCCCCAAACCAUGCUGCGCCCUGAUACUGCUGUUUCCACUCACCCAACAGCAUGAAUCUUUCAGGGCGAGCCAGACAGACAAGGUGGUGAAAGACUCUGGUGCCUAUUUCCUGAAGCAGACCAUCGUCAAUUCCUGUGGCACCAUCGCUCUGCUGCAUGCAGUCGGAAACAACAGAAGCCAAUUCGAUUUCAAGGAUGGCUCUGCCUUGAAGAAGUUUCUCGAUGACACUGCCGGCAAGUCACCUGAUGAUCGUGCCAAACUCCUUGAGACCAACCAGGAUAUUCAAAACGUGCACACAGAGGUGGCCAGCGAGGCUCAAGGCAGGCCAGAAGAAGACCACAACUUCCACAUCAUUGCUUUCACCAAUGUGAAUGGAAUGCUCCAUGAAUUUGAUGGCAAACUGGAUGGACCAUUGACCCACACAGCUACAACUGAGGGUUCGUUUGUCAAGGAUGCAGCUGCUGUGUGCCGUGGAUUCAUCGAGAGGGAGAAGGGUGAAGUGCGAUUCUCGGGUGUCGCUCUCUGUCGGGCUUAAAUCUCCACAAGGAGAAGAAACCAAACUGUUGUGCCGCUUUCACCACAAGCAAAUAGUUCACUCAUUUUCAGCCGACCCACCUGCCAGUUUAACAGUUCUGUAAUGCUCUGUGGCCAGUUUGGAUGGUUAUGUCUGCUUGGAUCAAUAAAGCUUCACAGUU